AUGUCAGAAGAACAAAUUGAACAACCCCAACAACCUGUUGAAGCUACUGAACCAAAUAAAGUCUUUGUUAGACCUAUUGAUUUCAAUGUCUCUUCCGAAGAAGUUCAAGAUUUCUUUGCUGCCACUGGUCCUGUCAGUGAAGUUCAAAUGAUGAGAGGUUACUGUUUCGUUACUUUCGAAAACGGUGAAGAUGCCACCAAAGCUGUUGACCAAUUAAACGGUCAAGAAUUUGCUGGUCAACCAUUAAUCAUUGAACAUGCUAAAGAAAAGAAAGAAGAUACCAGAGGUCAAUUUAGAGUUAAAGUUACCAACUUACCAGAAGGUACCGCAUGGCAAGAUUUUAAAGAUUACGUUAGAGAUAAAACUGAAAGUACUCCAACUUUUGCUAGAGUUUUCAAAGAUUAUGAAACUAACGAAAUCAUUGGUGCUUUAGAAUUUGGUUCAGCUGAUGAAUUAGAAAAAGCUAUUCCAUUAUUAAAUGAAUCUGAAUUCCAAGGUUCAAUUAUUAAUGCUGAACAUGAUACUUCUCCAUUCAUCCCACCUCCAAGAAGAGGUAGAGGUGGAUUCAGAGGUGGAUUUAGAGGUGAUUUCAGAGGUGGCUUCAGAGGUAGAGGUGGUUUCAGAGGUGACUUCAGAGGUGGUUUCAGAGGUGGUAGAGGUGACUUUAGAGGUGGCUUCAGAGGUGGUAGAGGUGACUUCAGAGGUGGCUUCAGAGGUAGAGGUAGAGGUGAUUUCAGAGGUGGUUUCAGAGGUGGAAGAGGUGGUUACGAUAGAGAUUUCAGAGGUAGAGAAGAAGGUGGCUACGAUAGAGAUUCUUAUGUCGGAGACCGUGAAAGAUCCCCAACUAGAUAUUAA